UGCUCAAUUGAGCAAUGUAUUCCAAAUAACUACACGUGAUUGGCCCCGUGGGCUGAAUGCGUGUGAUUGACAGGUGAUCCAGCCACUGACGACAUGCCAUCCAAGGUGUCAUGCUUGUAUUUGCUGACUGUGGUUUGCUGGGCCAGUGCACUGUGGUAUCUCAGUGGCUCUCGGCCCUCAACCACGUAUGUGGGUCAGAUGAACUUCACUCCUCGCAAACCGCUUCCAAGGCUCUCAAAGAACGACACGUUCAGCAAUAUCCGAACACGUACUCUGAACCCACACAAUUUCAAGUUCCUCAUAAACGAGCCCAACAAAUGCAAAAGCACAACGCCCUUUCUUGUCCUCCUCAUAAGCACCAACCACAAGGAGUUUGAUGCCCGCCAGGCGAUCCGGGAGACGUGGGGAGAUGAGAACAUGUUCGGCGACAUUAAAAUUUUGACGCUGUUUCUUCUUGGGUACAACACUGAACCUGUCCUCAACCAGAUGGUGGAACAAGAGAGCCAGAUCUUCCAUGACAUCCUAGUCGAGGACUUUGUGGAUUCCUACCACAAUUUGACCCUAAAGACUCUCAUGGGCAUGCGAUGGGUGACCUCAUUCUGCCCAAAUGCACAAUACAUCAUGAAAACAGACAGUGAUAUAUUUGUCAACAUGGACAAUUUAGUGUUUAAGCUUCUGAGACCCAGCGCCAAACCAAGGCGACGCUUUUUCACUGGUCACGUGAUAAAUGGAGGACCCAUACGUGACGUUCACAGCAAGUGGUUCAUGUCCAGAGAUCUCUACCCUGAUAGCAGGUACCCACCCUUUUGCUCUGGUACUGGAUACGUCUUCUCUGGAGACAUUGCUGAGCUGAUUUAUAAGACCUCCCUCCAUACACGACUCCUACAUCUGGAGGACGUGUAUGUGGGACUGUGCCUGCGGAAACUAGGCAUUCGCCCUUUCCAGAACGGUGGAUUCAAUCACUGGAAAAUGUCCUACAGUCUCUGCCGCUACCGAAAAGUGUUAACUGUACAUCAGAUUUCACCAGAGGAGAUACUGAGAAUAUGGACCGAUAUGUCCAAUAAGAAACAUCUCAAAUGCUAGCACAUGCGAGAUGGUUGCGGAAUAAUGUGAUAUUGAAAAUAUACAGGACUGUUUGUGACCCUCCAGGUCUGAGAUACAGCAAUACAGUUUAUAUACUUGCAACACAGACCACACUCAUGAAGUCGAUGUCAGUCUGUAGAGCAAUAUGCACAGGGACAAACUGGAUUCACAAGGUAUUUGCAAAU